CUAAUUGCACUAUGCCAGCUUUCCGUGUCUACAACACACUACCCUACCAACUGGUCCUGGUAACGGCAGGGAUUGAGAAUAUAAAAAAACAGUAGUAAAGGAGGCGAAGACGCUCUUCAAAGCAGGAAAAGCAGAAAUAAUUCGCGAUGAAUGUUAAAGAAAAACAAGGUCUCCGUGGAAAACGCACGCGAGCUCUACGUGGACAGGCGAGGUGAAAUCUUCUGUUGUUUACGAACAAGGUGCUGGCCCUCCCACUGAUACCCUAUUUGAAUAAGCUCGAAAUGGAUCAGCGAAUCAAGGAGGCGGAUUCUUUUUCGCGUAUAAAAGCAAUCCGUCUCAUCGCAGAACACGCACUUCUCUCCUAGUGAGCUACCAGCAGUAACAGCAGCUCCCUUCGGGCCACUUCACUCGUCAAGCAUCAUGAAAACUUUCACCCUGACCGUCGCCUGCCUCUUGGUGGCCGGAGCCCAUUGUGGCGCGAUCUACACCUACGGUGUUCCAGCCACCUAUCCAGUUGUCCACCAGCCUCUGGUGCAGCCCCUGGUGUACCAGACUGCAGUCAGGGCCCCCGUUGUGGCACAUCACAAGGAGCUGGUGCACGUACCACACCACGAGUAUGGCUAUGCCGUCGAGCAGAGCAAGGUGGUCCAGCCAAAGUCCACCGUCGUCCACCACGAUCCACUGACCGGCCUUCCCUACCAGCAGACCGACUACCACCAUGCACCAGUGCUGACCGGCUCCCGCAGUUACGUGCACCACAGCCGCCCGGGCUACGUCGCCGAGCGCACCAAGACCUAUGUCCUCUGAACAAGCCCCUAUGCGCCAUGACACCACACCCAAACUGCAUACGUCCAGUUAGCUGACCAAUCACCCUGGAUUCGUAUCGUUGUGUUGUUGCUGUUAAUAAAUACAAAUGAUUUAUAUUUAA